AUGAAUUUGAUCAGAUUUCGUAGCAGUUCUAUUUGGACAUUUAAAAGGUACAUCAAGAUGAGAGCUGUGAUACUUUUUGCACUAUUUGUCUUCGGCGUCAAUGCCCUUCCCGAAGUCGAGCCACAGAUACUGAGUGGACGACAGGCGCGUAAUAUAAUUACGGAUCAAGUUAUUGAAGACAUUGAGGACAUCAGUCAGGCCAUAAGGGACAUGGGACUAGACCCCUUCUUAAUAGACCACGACGUUUACGAAUAUGAACUGCCUGUACCUGUGCUCUUCAACGCGGCUGCCGAGCUGGAAGAUAUCAGGAGUUUUGGUCUGAGUGACAUCGUGAUUGAGGAUAUGAGCCUUAGUGUACUACAAUCUAGACUCAAUUUCCGUAUAGUUCUACCUCACAUACACAUAUCUGCUAAAAAAGUAAAAGGUGAAGUUACGUUGUUCGGUGAAAAACUGACCGUGGAGCUAGACGGCAGUGUGGAUGUUCGAAAUAUAGACGCGGUCGGACAUGCAGGUUACAGAGCUGGCCUUAUCUCCGGUAUAUCCAUAUCUCACGUUGACAUUGAUUUGAAAAUCGAACAAAUUGUCUCUAAACUUCAGCUAGUCAUCCAGGGUCAGGAUUACUCUGAUGAAAUCAACGACUUUAUCAACAAAACAGUUCCUACAAAACUGGAUGAAUUCAGUGAUGAAGUCAACGAGCUCGUCGCGAUUAUCGUAUACGACAUCAUCAACGAUCACUACUUGUAA